GUAUAUAAGAGUUAGAGGGGAAAAGAGAGAGGCUAAACCAUGUGUUUCAGACAGCCGAGUCGCAAACAGUAACUCCAACAGUGCCGGCCGCAACACGUCUCUUGUAACCAUGACUACGUACUGGACGCUCACAGUUACGUUCCUAGCAGUGACGGUCCUGUCAACAGGACGAGGGGUUUCCGGUCAGUUCAAGUGCCCCGAGAAGACUGGUUACUUCCCAGAUCCUAUUCAGUGCGACCUUUACUACAAAUGCAAGCAGGGAGAGCCCGAGGAAAAUCUGUGCCCUGACGGACUGGUCUUCGACGAUUCGAACCCCGGCCAAGCACGCUGUGACAUUCCUACGAACGUAGAUUGUGGCGACAGGAACGAACUGCAGGACCCACAACCCAGUAAGAGCUGUCCCCGGGCGAACGGCUACUUCCGGCACUCUGACGCCCAGAUAUGCGACAAGUUCUUCAACUGUGUUGACGGCGUGGCCAACGUAAUGCCCUGUCCACCCGGACUCAUCUACGACGACACCCGAAGCACCUGCGCAUGGCAAGCCGAGAGCCACAGGACGGACUGUGUCCACAGCAAGAGAGAGUUGCUGGAUGACGGAUUCUCCUGCCCAGAAGGUGAAGUGAUUGGUCCCAAUGGACGCGCCCUGCCACACCCAACGUUCCCACACCCUGAAGACUGCCAGAAGUUCUACAUCUGCAGGAAUGGGGUGAUGCCCCAACGGGGCUACUGUCCUUCAGGAACCGUGUACAAUGAGGAAUCCUUCAAGUGUGACGAGCCAGAGAACGUACCCGGAUGUGAAAAGUGGUACGAAAAUGAAGGAAAGAAGAACAGAAAGUAGGAAAGUUGACCGACUGAUGUACACGAAGUGCAACGCUGAGAACGCAUCCCGAGGUGGAAAUGAGCAUCGCAUCUGCACGUGGGAGUGAAUUGAACUCUCUGAUUAAACAAAACAAAAAAACAGCGACAAAUCGCCAACUACGCGCGACAGUCUGUGACCAGCGGUAUAUAUUUAUAGUAGGUCACCAGACAGUGUGCCAAGGUAAAAAAAACGAUCUACAGAAUUAUAUUCCUGUGUCCACGUCCUGAGAUCCGCAGAGGAGCGUCAGGACGAGUUAUUUUAGCAACCAGGAAAAUUUACGUUCCUUUACAAAGAGCUAUAAACUCGCAAAUAUAAUUUAAUGUAUACGUAUCUGUUUCUCGCCCAGGGUUUUAUUAAAAUAAUCUGUACUGAAAUAAUGAAAUAACUUAUUUCUUAUAUGACACAUAUAUUUAAUAUCUCUGACUAUAUGUACAAUCCGAUAUUCUACAUUAAUCUUCAAUAAACUUAAUAAUAAUUAAUAUAAACGGUAAAAGUACAUUAAAUACUUGUUCUUGUGAGUUAGGGACAUUAACCACUUAAGUGACACAAAAAGUUACUGUAUUUGAAGAAAGAGUGGACUAAUUAUUCUCAACUAACAUUAAAUUCAGGGCGAAACGUCAUUUGAAGCCAAGGUUAAGCAGCGGUGAUUGAGAUAAAUUGUGUGACCACCGAAACCUCGCUCGAUAUUUGCGAUGUUCAAUUUUCUCCGUGCAUCGUAGACUCAUCUUGUUGAAACCAGCAGCAUUGUUCUCCAACUUACAAAGAGGAUAAGACAUUCAUAAAUAAUUCCUGGAACUUUCAGCUUUUUUCGAUUCACUCAAGAAAAUUAUAUGAAUUAUCCUCCGUCGAGAAUCAACACACCAUACUUCGACUUUUAAUUAGUUCUUCGGUCUUAAAUGAAAUAUAUGUAGAUUUUCAGCACUGAACAUUCUGCUGUUUCGGAUAUUAAAUGUCCACAUUAGUGGAACCAAGCUUCAUCUACAGAAACAUUAUUCAAAUGCUUACAUCCCCUUGAAUGAAUUGUGUUAAACAUUUACAGUACUGAACGGUUCACCAGAAGAUAUAUUGUCGAUUUCUUUGGCACAAGAUAACCGGUAAAUGUAUCGUUAAACUUAUUCGAGCAGGAUAAGUAAGGAGACGCCAAGUAGUUACACUUGUGAAAAAGACAUCCUUGCACUUCGACUGUUUGAAGACAAGUGACGGACCGGGACGAACAGGUUACAACAGUACGUAGUAGGCUCUUGUAUAUUUACUAAUGCAAAGGAACUGUAUUCAAUUGCAACUACUACUAAAUAUUGUUAUAAGUUGCUUGACUUUUAGAACAACCUGUAUAUACGAUUUAAAUGCUAAACCAAGAGUGUUUUAACAUUCUAUAUCAUUGGAGUUGGUGUUUUUAAUGCUACUGAGGUUAAAAACUUGGUUUAGAAAAACUUUCCUGUUGAGGAAUAAAAACAUUUGCGAACGUA